AUGGACGUCAACGCCUCGUCUCCCGUUGUGGCUUCGGUCCUGCCCAGUAUCAAGAGCUACAACUUUGGCCCUCAGCUCGACCAGGCCCUUGAGGUCAUCUACAACGUCAGCCCUUGGACUGUCCUCUUCACCUUCCUUGCCAUAUGUGUUGUCUACGAUCAGGUCAGCUACCUCAUGCAAAAGGGCUCCAUUGUCGGUCCCGCCUGGAAGAUCCCUUUCCUCGGCCCCUUUCUCGAAUCCGUAAACCCCAAGUUUGAAGAGUACCAUGCCAAGUGGCUCAGCGGUCCCCUGAGCUGCGUCUCCGUCUUCCACAAGUUCGUCGUCAUCGCUUCGACUCGCGACAUGGCCCGUAAAGUCUUCAACUCGCCCGCCUACGUCCGUCCCUGCGUCGUCGACAUUGCCCGCAAGCUGCUGGGCUACGACAACUUCGUCUUCCUCGACGGCAAGCCUCACGUCGAGUUCCGCAAGGGUCUCAACAACCUCUUCACCCGCAAGUCUCUGCAGCUGUACCUGCCCGGCCAGCACGAGGUCUACAACCGCUACUUUGACCGCUUCGUCGAGAUGACGGAGGAGAACGACGGCAAGCCCCUCCCCUACAUGGGCAUCUUCCGUGAGAUCAUGUGUGCCGUCUCCCUGCGCACCUUCCACGGCCACUACAUCUCGGACGAGGCCGUCAAGAAGAUCGCCGACGACUACUACCUCAUCACCGAGGCCCUCGAGCUCGUCAACUUCCCCAUCAUCCUGCCCUUCACCAAGACGUGGUACGGCAAGAAAGCAUCGGACCUGGUCCUGUCCGAGUUCAGCAAGUGUGCCGCCAAGGCCAAGGUCAACAUGGCCGCCGGCGCGAAGCCCUCGUGCAUCCUCGACGCUUGGGUCGUCCAGAUGCUCGACUCCCAGCGCUGGACCGAGGCCGAGGCUAAGGGCGAGUCGACCGACGGCAUGGUGAAGCCCCAGCCGCUGGUCCGCAUGUUCACCGACUACGAGAUCGCCCAGACCCUGUUCGCCUUCCUCUUCGCCUCGCAGGAUGCCACCAGCAGCGCCACCACCUGGCUCUUCCAGAUCAUGGCCCAGCGGCCCGACGUCCUCGACCGCGUCCGCGAGGAGAACCUCCGGAUCCGCAACGGCAACCCCAAGGCCGAAGUCAACCUCGACCAGCUCGAGGCCAUGACCUACACCCGCGCCGUCGUCCGUGAGCUCCUCCGCUACCGCCCCCCGGUCAUCAUGGUCCCCUAUGAGGUCAAGAAGUCCUUCCCCAUCACGGACUCGUAUACCGUCUCCAAGGGCUCCAUGCUCAUCCCCUCGACCUACCUGGCCCUCCACGACCCCGACGUCUACGAGAACCCCGACUACUUUGACCCCGAGCGCUACUACUCGGGCGACGCAGAGGAGAAGGGCGCCAAGAACUACCUUGUCUUCGGCACCGGUCCCCACUACUGCCUCGGUCAGCACUACGCCCAGUUCAACCUUGCCCUCAUGAUCGGAAAGGCUUCGGUCGAGCUCGACUGGAAGCACUACCCUACUCCCCUCUCUGAAGAGAUCCAGGUUUUCGCCACCAUUUUCCCCAAGGAUCACUGCCCCCUGACUUUUACCAGGAGGGAAAACUAA